UUCCGUGUUCCUACCGGUUCCUGGCUUCUGUUGUAAGCUGCUCCUGGGGCUCUGCUCCUGAUUUCUUCAUGGGGAGGAGGUGUGUGCUACUUCAUCAUAUCAAGAAGCAAAGACUGUCUGUUGCCACUGAAAUUAUCCAUGGAUUCAGAGACAUAAGCCUAAUUCCUCCAUCAACCUUUUGAGCCACGACUUCGGCAUCCACAGAUGAUCAUUACCCAGAUGCAUACUUUCAUUAGAGGUAUCUUCUAACAUCUUCAUGCAUGUAUAAGGCAAAAGAUGCCAGUGAUCAAUAUUGAGGACCUGACGGAAAAGGACAAAUUGAAGAUGGAAGUCGACCAGCUCAAGAAAGAAGUAACACUGGAAAGAAUGCUGGUCUCCAAAUGUUGUGAAGAAGUAAGGGAUUAUGUUGAAGAAAGAUCUGGCGAAGAUCCACUAGUAAAGGGUAUCCCAGAGGACAAAAAUCCCUUCAAGGAGCUCAAAGGAGGCUGUGUGAUUUCAUAAAAAAAAAAAAAAAUCCUUGGAAUAUCUUGAGCUUUAAUGACAGUACUAGUUUUUGGUCAUAUAUAAGAAUUCUAUUAAGCAUGUACGUAAAGCUUUAAAUUUAUAAAUAUAAACUUUAAAUAAAAACUGGGAUGUGAUAAUGUAUAAAUCUGUUUUUCUUCAACUGUUUAGUACAGUGAAUUUUGAUUGACCUUUUUCUUUUAACGAUGCCUGCUGUUUCAUGGGGCGCCUGGGUGGUUCAGUCGGGUAAGUGACUGUCUCAGAUCAUGAUCUCGCAGCGCAGUUCCUGAGGAAAGGUCAUAAGAAGCCAGAAAGUUCUGGCCCUGGCACUUCACUGCCUCUCUGACUUUGGAUAAGUUACUUAAUCUUUUUAAAUCUCAGUUUCUUCUGCUGUAGGAAAGAAAGAAUAAUGGUUCUAUCCCCUUUUACUUGGGGUUAAAUAUUACACUAGAGUGAUUACGGCAUUUAGUGUACCCCUGACACACAGUAAGACCCAAUAAGUGUUAACUAGUGUUACUGAGAAAGGAACUAGAUGCAUAUCCAGAAUCCUUUAAGAUACGUGCUAUUCCAUCCCAUCUCUAAGAAGACUGUCACCAAUACGGUCCUUUUUCCUGUAGCAGUGUAAGAGCAAAAUGGUAGAAAAGUAGCUUUGUUCUGCAUCAUCUUCCUAAUCAGUUUCCUCCUGGCAUCUUAUUGAGUUGACAUAAGCCAAAUCUCACUACCUUUGUGCUAAUGACUAAGAUAAUUUGCCUCUGUUUCUGUAACAAAUGAUGAGUGUUAAUUACCCCAACUUGGAAACUACUUUUGUUGUUACUGUUUCCUUAUCCUAUCUCACACGUACAGUGCUAUUUUUGGAUACGUCAGUGAUCAGAAUACAAGGAAAUGCUAAUUGAUGUUCUUUUUGUUUUAUUUUAAUUACUUAUGGGAGAGGGAGAGCGGCAGGGAGAGAGAGAAAGAGAGAGAAUCUUAAGCAGGCUCCACGCACAGCAUAGAGCCUGACAUGAGGCUUGAUCCAAGGACCCUGGGAUCACGACCUGAGCCGAAAUCAAGAUUUGGACACUCAACUGACUGAGCCACCCAGGCACACUGAUUGUCAUCCAUUUUUUGAAAAUUUUUAAAAAAUACUCAUUUAUUUUUGAGUUACAGAGAGAGACAGAGCACAAGCAGGGCAAGGGCAGAGAGAAAGGGAGACAUAGAAUCUGAAGCAGGCUCUAGGCUCUGAGCUGUCGGCACAGAGCCCAACGCGAGGCUUGAACUCACGGACACUGAGAUCAUGACCUGAGCCAAAAUCAGACACGCAACUGAAUGAGCCACCCAAGCACUCCUGUCACCCAUUUUAAAAACAAGGUAAGAAUUAUCUUUAUUUGGUCUGGAAGGGAAUGUCAAUGUGGUCCCAAGUUUGGCUCCUAGCAUGGUGCUUUCCCACUCUGGUGGUAGUAAAUGCUCAGCAAAGAUCUGCUGACUCCUGCUCAACCCUUUCAUUUUGAAAUAGAGGAAAUCCAGGCUCAGAGAAGUGAAUUGGCAAGUGUCUCAGGUCCAGACUCCAGAUCUCUGGCUGCAUGGUUAACAACACACUCUAUCACAUAUAGACAUGCUUUCCGUAUUAAGGGAUUCCAGGAUAAACUAUUGGAUAAACUACCCUUUCCUCAGCAGAAGCUCUUUUCCCCUGUUUAAAAUUAUAAAACUCCUUUCCAAGCACCCCUUCAGCACUGCCUGUCUUUGUGUUCCACUCUAUUUUCUUCCAUAGCUCCCACCACCAUCUAGCAUACUAUAUAUUUUACUUGUUUUACUUGUUUAAUUGUGGUCCAUCUCAAGGGUUUUUCCAUGUGCAGUUUGAUGGAAAUUAAUGUUUAUUAAGUGUUCCAUUUAUUUUUUCCCCCUGAUUAAAAAAAUACAGAGUCCUUGCUAUGGCACUUAGUAACACGCAUGAUCCUAACCAACAUCUCUACAUGCAUGGUCCUAACUAACAUCUCUAACAACUGGAAAUAGAUCUAAGAGCCAGAUAAUUCUAAGUUAAAGCUUUGGUUUGUCCACUUUCUACUUCAACUCUUUGAACAUCAUGAGUUUUUUUCAUGUAUAAAAUGAGAGCAUAGGAUGGAUUCUUAUAUGAAAAUUUAAAAUCACUUAGAAUAGAGAUAAGCAAAUGAGCAAAUGUCCUCUAUUAUAAUAAACCUUGGAGACUUCCUGUAGCCAACAAACUUAACUAUUAAAUGACCACUGACAUGACACCCCAUUUCCCCACCUUCUGCAGUUUUAGUCGUAUUGAUCUCUCCACCUGAAAUGUCCUCUUCUCUAACUCACUUCAGCCUUUUGAAUCCUACUCCUUUCUGAGACUCACUAAAAACUAUCUUCUCUGUCCCUCACUCCACCCCAAGAGUAUUCUGUAAAUCUUUUAACUCAUUUAACAUCGCUUUGCUUUCUCUUAUUACAGUUGGUAUGGUUGUCUUGAUCUCAAUUCUGUAUUGUAAAUUCCCCAAGCCAGACGCUCUGUUUAUUAUUGAAACUGCCAUACCAACUAAUAAAUUGUCUCUACAAUUUAAUUGACUAGUGUUCAAUUAAAAGCAGGAAAGGGUAAUACUUUUUAUAUUGGAUAAUUCAGAAUUCUUAUUAGCUUAAUUGAGGAAUAAAUC